GAGCAAGUGUACAAAGCUGUAAGAAAAGAAGCAGUUAAUACUUAAAACAUAGUUACAAUAAAAUUCAAGUGUUGUGCAGAGAAAAAGUACUGAAAAGCAAAAUGUCGAUCAUCCCAAUUCUGUUCCGAGACAGCUUCAUGGAUGACUUCCUGGACGAAUUCAUGGAGCCUCCGAGGGAACGAUUCUUCACCAGAGCAUACCCAAAUGAUAUGCUGAUGGCCAUUAAUAACUUACCCCUCCGUCGAGGAUACCAACGAUCUUGCCCGUACAAUCAAGUUAGGAAAGAAAACCAGGCUAAGGAUGGCAGCUUCCAAGUCAGCGUUGAUGUUCAGCAUUUCAAACCAGAGGAAAUUUCCGUUAAAAUGAAUGAAAAUUACGUCACCGUCGAAGGCAAGCACGAGGAAAAGCAGGACGAGCAAGGUUACGUGUUCAGGCACUUUGUUCGAAAGUAUCAACUGCCAGAAGGACACGAUCUGGAGAAGGUAGCGUCGUCACUCUCAUCCGAUGGAGUGCUGACCAUUAAGGCUCCCAGAAUAGCACUGGCUGCACCAGAGAAAGAAAAGACUAUUCCAAUAGUACAAACGGGAAAACCCGCAAAACAGAUUGAGAUUGAAAAGGAUAAGGAAAAUAAGAAAGACUUGAAGUAGUGUUAACAAUACGCAUUUUAAAGCAAUUUUAGAUUUAUUUAUUGUUUUUAAGAGUCACUAAUAAAAAUAACCUCAUUAUUUAGCUUUCCAGUGUAAA